UUUAUUGACCUUUGCGUAACUCAUGAUGCCUUUCGUUUGACAGAUGGUGGCGGAGCAGCAGCCAGCUCUCAUCACAUCAUGAAGGCCGUAGACCCCCUGCUGAAGGUCGCGGAGGACCCGCCCCACCUGUCGCGCCUGGGCGAGCAGCACGCCGACGUCCUCAGCAAGCCGUCGGGGCGGACGCAGCCCUACGAGCGCACGAGCACGAGCAACAGCACGAGCGGCGAGGAGGGCUACGACAGCAUCAACUCGGACGAGGAGUUGCACGAGCCCCUGCACGAGCCUCUGCACGAGCGCGUGAGCAACCUCUCCGUCAUCAGCAGCGGCCGCCUGUUCCAGGCCGACCAGGAGAAUGGUUUCCAAGUGCACCGCACCCUGUCCGAGGACUCUGGUGUGAACGGGCCGCCCAGCCUGGGCUCUAGUCUGGGCUCUAGCCUGGGGUCCAGUGGCCCGCCCACCUUCCAGGAGCUCAAGGUGACGAGCGACUUGUCGAGGACGGCGUCGCCCAAGCGCGCAACCUUCACGAUCGGGUCCCCCCUCGGCACGCCUGUGGGUACGCCCGCGGGAACGCCCUCGGCCACCACGCCCGUCGGCACGCCGCUGAGCACGCCCGGCGGCACGCCGAAGCAGCUGUCCACCGAGUCCCAGGAUGGCGCCGAGGAGUCGCGGCGGGCGCACCCGCCCCACGCGACCGUGUGCAGGAGGACGGCCAGCUUCACCAUCGGCUCGCCGCCCUCGGCGUCGCCGUGCGCCUCGCUCCAAGGCUCGCCCAAGAAGGAGCUGUUCCCCAAGCGCGCGGAGGAGGCGGAGCUGUCGGCCGAGCACGCGGUAAGUCAUUGGAUGCACUGUGAAAAGUUUCGUCGUAAUAUUUGGGAUCACUCAGAAAGCACGUUCGUCAUUCGCCGUCAUGAAAUUGCCAAGUUCAGUCUGUGCAAGCUCUCAUGGCGCCUUAUAGGUAGGCAACAUCUUGAAAGCAGUGCAUGCGUGUACGGCGGGGUGGCCUACCCGGAGUUUUGCAGGCGCCGAGCCAUGGCCAUGGCCCCUUACGGGUGUAAAGAGUAGGCAAACCACACUGCUGCGUAUUCAGUUACACCCGGUACUUUGGGGCGACCCCUUUCACGACAAAUGUACUUUUGUGUGACGAUGACGUCGUUCUGGUGGUACAAGAUACUUGUAGACAGUGUCGGUCCGGAAUGGUAUCCCAUGCUUUCAACUCACUUUUACCGAGAAAAUGAAAAAAGUUCCGACCAGAAACGGAUCGUGAA